AUGGUACGAGAGCGUUCGCCAUAUGUUUUGUCCUAUCAAAAACAGGUUCAAACCACUUGGUUUUCCUUGCGCCUUUAUGAAAAUACAGAUCAAAAACAAGGUUUAAGUUUACAACCCGUUUUCUGUCAACUAUCAUCUCAUAAUAACGUUAAUACUCAUGUGAUAGUGACGGGCGAGGGACGUGGUUUAAGUAAAACGGGUUUAAAAAACCUUAUCAAUGAGAAAAAUUCUUCUUGUGAAGUAUCAAUUUAUGAUUUAGACAUUAAAACGAAUAAUAAAUUUGGUGUUUUGGAAUUGGUUUUUCAAGCAACAAGUCAUUUUUUAAAUCAAAUUCAACCAGAUGUUCUAUUAUAUAUUAAAGAUCAAGAAAAUUAUGCUAUACGAGGAAUUGAUUCUGCGUUGGUUGCAGCCUCCUAUUUAGGUGUUACUGGUAUAUCGGUUCCGAUCGAAGAUGCUGAACAUUUGAUUUGGUUAACACAUUUACCAAUCGAGGCAUUAAAACAUUGGAACACCCCUAAAGUCCAAGUGCAAGUUAUUACACAAGAUCGUCCAGACUCAUUGGCGCGUCUUGUUCGAUCUCUAAAGUUUUCUCAAUAUUUCGGUGAUGAGAUAUCACUCACGAUUAAUAUGGAUAGAGGUGCAGAUCCGGUAACAAAAGAAUAUUGUCGUACUUUAGAAUGGCCUUUUGGACAAAAGAAUAUUCGUCAUCGUAUAGUGCAAGGUGGAUUAAUGGCCGCUGUUGUUGAAUCUUAUUAUCCUAAAGAUGAUCAUGACUAUACUGUGUUGUUAGAAGAUGAUGUUGAACUUUCUCCAUAUUUUUAUAUGUGGACAAAAUACAGUAUUCUCAAAUAUAGAUAUGGACCUGAACGUGCUCACAGUAGUCGUAUGUAUGGAAUUAGUUAUUAUGGAUCAAAGAUUAAUGAGCUUUACCCACUAGGACGCAGACCAUUCAAUCCCGAUAUCUCUCUUGAAGGUACAAAUUAUCCUUCUCGAACUCCAUAUCUAUGGCAGGUACCAUGUAGUUGGGGUGCUGUAUAUUUUCCUGAAGUAUGGCGCGAGUUUCAUGAUUAUUUUCCUGCAAGAUUACAAGAUUGGAAUGGAUUGAAACUUCAAAAUAUUACAGUUCCGGAAACUCGAUCAAACGGAUGGAAAAAGUCUUGGAAAAGAUUUUUAAUAGAACUUGUAUAUCUUCGUGGAUAUGUUAUGCUUUAUCCAAACUAUGAAAAUUUUAUGAGUUUUUCUACUAAUCAUGCUGAAUCAGGAACCCAUAUUCGUCUUGUUGAGGGAAAACCUCGUCCAAAUGAUAUUUUUGGUGUACCUUUAAUGGAAGAAGAUGUGGUUUUAUCUGGAUUACCCGAAGGUCAAUUGCCAAAUUUUAUGGAUUUACCAGUCUUGGAUCUUUUAGGGAACGUUGUCUCAAGUGAAGAAUUAAUCCAACGUGGAAGAUCUUUACAUUCUGAAGUUUCAUUAUGUCCUCCAAGUGAGAAUCACGAUCUUACCUUUGAUCCAAAAGAUAUUUUGUGUUUAGAUGAAGAAAGGAGACAAAUUGCUAUGGAUGAAAUGAAGGCAAGAAAUGAGAAGAAAAGACAAUUGCAUACGGCGGUUAAAUUUAUUGCCAAUCACACUCUAGAUAGUAAUGAUGAAAUGGAAGUUGAUCCCGAGAAGUUAUUAAAUAUUGUUCUAGAGAUUUAUAAUAUCUCAUCAGUCACGCCUUCCAUUGUUGACUUAUCAACUUCAACACAAACUUCAUCAGUUGAAAUCAAUAUUUUACAAGGUGAAGCGGGGGAGAACUCGUGA